AUGAAUGCUAUGAAAGUUUUAGCUAACUUAGUCGACUGGGAUGUCAGGAACAUGCCAGAGUCUAUAGAGAUUGAAACAAUUGUUCAAGCAGUAAUAAAAACUUUGAAUCAUAAAUUCUCAGGGUUUACCAGUGAUCUUGUUGGGAUGCAACCUCACAUAAAAGAAUUAGAAAAGUUUCUAAAAUUGAGUUCAAAGGAUGAUGGCUUCUGGGUUCUCGGAAUUUGGGGGAUGAGUGGAGUAGGAAAGACAACUCAUGCUACUCUUUUGUACGACAGAAUCUCUUAUCAGUUUGAUGCUCGUUGUUUUAUUAAUAACACAAGCAAACUUUAUAUGGAUGGUGGUAUUGUUGCUGUACAAAGACAAAUUCUUGGACAAGCUCUAGACGAAAGAAAUCUAGACUCGUACGAUACUUGUGAAAUCGCCGGGAUUAUGUUAAGUAGGCUUCAAAGUGGCCUUAAGGUCCUUCUAGUCCUUGACAAUGUUGAUCAAUUAGAGCAAUUGCAGGAAUUAGUUCCAUUGUUGAAUAGUAGUGAUGCUUCUGAACUUUUUUUUAGAAAAGCCUUCAAAGGUGAAUACCAAAGCAGUAAUUGUGUUGAGUUGAUUCCAGAGAUACUAAAAUAUGUUCAAAAUCUUCCAUUAGCAAUUAAAGUAGUGGGCUCUUUCUUGUGUACUCGAGAUGCUACUCAGUGGAGAGAUGCUUUGGAUAGAUUGAAGAACAAUCCAGACAACAAAAUUAUGGACGUGCUCCAGAUGAGUGCUGAUGGACUACAACAUGAGAACUUGGGAAAAAAAUUGUUCGGCACAGCUAUCUCGAUGACCCAGUAUUGUGGAGUAUCUAUAUGGCGAUGCAAUGAUUUCUAUCAUGUCAUGGAGACAAAAACGGGAACAUACAAUAAUGUUAAAGCGGUAGUUCUGGAUCAAAAGGAAAAUUUCUCCAAAUGCAGGGCUGAGGGAUUUUCAAAUAUGAGCAACCUUGUACUUCUCAUGUUGUAUCAUAACAACUUUUCAGGAAAUUUGGAUUUUCUUUCCAACAACUUGUGCUAUCUUUUGUGGCAUGGAUACCCUUUUAUUUCUUUGCCGUCAAAUUUUGAGCCAGUUUGUCUUGUGGAAUUAAAUAGGCCUGAUAGUAGCUAG